AUGCUCGCUUUGCCCAAGGUUCUUUUAAUGGGGCUACGCAAGUCUGGAAAGAGCAGCAUCCAGAAAGUUGUCUUUGAGGGCAUGCAACCGCACGAAUCAGUUAACCUCCCCACAACUGUGCAACCCACCAAACGAACUGUGCACUCGAACGAUUUCGUGACCUUUGAUGUCUGGGAUUUCCCUGGACAGAAUGACCCUUUUGAUGAAAAGAACAGUGCCAACCGCUAUGACGUCAACCAGCUGUUGGAAAACUGCGGGGUGAUUGUGUUUGUGUUAGACUGUCGUGAACUCGUCGACGACGCACGUGUUCGAUUGCUUGAUACGAUUUGUGCUGCCUACCGCUACAACCCGGAUCUUUGUGUGGAGGUAUUUAUUCACAAGGUUGACGCCCUGAGUGAGGACCAUCAGGUUGACCUGCUAGCUAGCUUGCAGCGCCGUGUCGAGGAAGAGGUCAAGCAGCAGUUGGAAAACACAACCCCACCGAAGCUCAACUUUAACCUCACCUCCAUCUACGACCACUCCGUCUUUCAGGCCUUCUCUCUGGUCGUGCAGCGGCUGAUCAAGGUUAAGCUUCCCUUCAUCAAUGAGCUCCUCCAAAUGCUUAAUAGCAAUAGUAAUGUUUGUCUGAGCUAUUUGUUUCUUAGUCGCUCAAAAAUUUACAUCGCCGUUGAUGAGCGAACUCGCUUAAAGGCACGGACUUAUGACUUAUGCAGUGAUGCCAUAGAAGUUGUGGUCAGGAUGAGCCAGAUCUACGCCUCCCCGCGCAGCGCCUCACACAAUUCAAAGCACGACUCAAACAGUCCAGCCCCGCGCCGUUUGGCCCACGGUGAGAUUCCGCACUUGCACGAAUUAGAUGACAACGCAGUCCGUGUAGCGAAGGAAAUGCCAAGCACGAAUUGCAGCUUCGCAAAAACGGUGCACUCGGACGAGGAUGAAGAGGAGCGCAUUGCGUUGCUCGAACGGGGCGCCCGGGCCGUCAUUCAGCUUAAUAAUGACGAUAUUAUUUACGUUAGGGAGUUGCCUAGUUCCUUGACUAUUGUCCUCAUGAUAAAGCGAAAAGACAUGGAGUAUAGGGCCCUUAUUGAUAGGAAUGUGGAUGAAUUUUAUAAGGCUGCUUAUAGUAUUUUUACUUCCACUCCUGCCUAAGGGGAGAGGAACACGUAUUCUAUACCCUCCCCACUUUCACAGUUUCCAUAUUUAUACAACUCUCCGUUAGAGCGAGAAAAAG